AUGGCUAGAAAAACAAAUAAUAAAACCAUGUGGAUCUGCGCUGGAUAUUUCAAAACCAAAUGCAAAGCUAGAGCAACAACUAGUGGAAGAAUGGUUCACGUUACUGGAACUCACAACCACGAACCCAAACAAAAGAAGUCGAGGUUCACCAAUAUGCUGUCACAGGAAGUGACGAUUGUCAGGAAUCCCAAUCCCCAUCAUCAGUACUAG